AUGGACCCUCCACCCGUUCCACCACAUACCGCAGCGUACGACGCGACAGGCGUUGUGGCUAGCAGUCAGGACUCGCUCGUUCAACCUACACAGCAAGCCACUCAACUUCAAGCCACGCAGGAACCCGCCUCACGACCUCUGUACGACGUUGACCCUAACAUAUGGGGCAAGCUCGUGCCAUACACCGAGACCGGCCUCCCAACGAUCAUCUUCCAACGUUGGAAGCGCACGUACCAAUUCGGACGCAGCCCCGCGGACGAAAAAGGGAACGAUGUCGCGUUGAGUGGUUUGCUGAUCGGCCGUGUCAAACACUGCACGAUCACAUGGGACGGCGAAGUCGGGCUGAAACCCUCCAUCGUUGUCGCGGACCACUCAAGCAAUGGGACCUUCAUCAAUGGUGAAUUGAUUGGGAAGACCCGUACCGCAAUUCUCCGAGACGGCCAGGAGCUUUCAUUCGGGACAUGGGAGCCUCAGAAGACCGAGGACGGGCAUAUGGUCGCUUUUCGAUAUAUCUACCGCCACGCAGCGGUCAGUCGGCCGAGUCAUGGCCUGUACCAACAUUACGACCUACAGGAGGAGUUGGGCAAAGGCACGUUCGCGACGGUAAUGAGGGCGCUCCGCAGGGACGACGGGAAAUGGUAUGCCGUGAAGAUAAUCGACCUUAACAAGCUCAGGAAGGACUGGAGCCACGUGGUGUCCGAGACGAAGGACAUCGACGAGAUUUCGAAGGAGAUUAGCAUCCUCCAGCGCCUGCAACAUCCCAACGUCUGCGAAUUGAAGGACUUCUUCGUUGAUGGUACCAGUCUGAGUCUCGUUCUGGAGUGGAUGCCCGGAGGCGAGCUACUGCACUACCUCUUGAACAAUUAUAGCCCAGAUAAGCGUAUGAGCGAACCACACGCACAGUACAUCACGUAUCAGAUAUGCAAAGCAUUAGCAUACGUGCACAGCCAAGGGAUUGCGCAUCGAGACCUAAAGCCCGAGAACGUGCUUCUGACCAAUGACAACCCGCCCAUAGUCAAAGUAGCGGACUUUGGGCUCGCGAAAGCGAUCGAUGGCGAGUCAAUCCUCAAGACAGUCUGCGGAACGCCUGUAUACCUCGCCCCGGAGGUAAUCACCCAGGGCGGUCGAGGUUAUAGCCUACUCGUCGACAGCUGGAGUGUCGGGGUGAUCGUGUUCUCGAUGCUCACGAUGAGCAUCCCAUUCCCCGAGGACACCAGGGGUAACAUAGAGCAACUGAUCGCAAACCGGUCUCCGCAGUGGGGGAUUCUGUACCAGUGCGGAAUUAGCGCAGAGGGAGAGGACUUCCUCCGCGGGCUCCUGCAAAGCGACCCACUGAAGCGGAUGAACAUGGCGGACGCGUGUGUCCAUCGCUGGCUCGCUAGCCAAGUUGAGCAGGAUAUGAACAUCCCGAACGUCCCUGCUCCUCUGCACAACCCGGAAGUCCCUGUUAGCGCGGAGAUACCCACAGCCAUGGACGAUGUGCAACCUGCACCACUAGCGUCAUCCCAACCCACACCAUUCCGACGGAUCGAGUCCUAUUCAUCCGUGCCUGGCCUACAACACGGCCGGGAACCGGAUCCACCACUUCCCUCCGACAUCCCUCAGGACGCACCAACCCCUCCCGCAGAUGAUAUCGAAGAGGACCCACCGGCGAGAUUGACGAAGCGCACAGCGUCACGCGCGUUCAGCUCGUCUUCGUCUCUUGAUGCGGUCGAGGUCGCCCCCGUUGGUGCAUCUGGCUCCAUUCCGCGCACAGCGCUGCCUGCUGGUGCGGCCGAGGUCGACGGGGCGCGGGAGACGGCGGGUCACAAGCCCCCGACGAAGAGGGCACGCGUGGAGGCCGUCGGGCCCUCCUCCAGCGAAGACUCCUAGCGGGCUUUCGUGCUCGACGCACGUCCUCUAGGGGAACGCGCAUCGUGCUUUCACCGGAUUUAUGCUGCCACUGCUUGCUUCAUAUGCGUUCCCUCAUCCCGUCUUCACUGUCGUUGUUCCUCGGGAACAGUUUCCCGUUUCGGUCGUGACGUCGCCAAGUCGACUAUCCCCGCUCAAUCUCCCCAAUUUCGGUUGUGUAUAGGUAUUUGUAGGACGUUGUGCAAAGGUUCCAAAAGCGUAUGUCUAUUACCCCAUCACCGGCGGGCG